GCGGCCGCCGCUCGAGUUAGCACCGUCUCCCUGGUGCGCAUGCUCGCGCCGGGUGCGGGCUCACUUUUUUUUUUUUUUUUUUCCGGGCGGCCCCGGCGGCUGCGUACUGGCUGUGGGAUGGGAAGUGAAGCCCCAGCGAGCGGCUGCGGCGGGGCUGUGAGGAGCAGCCAGGGGGAGGCGGCGGCGGCGGCGGCGGCGGCUGGUCGGUGAGCAGCUGGAGAGAGCGGAGCCGGGGCGGAGCACCUGCAGGCACGGGCGGCGGCUCCACCAUGGCGAUUCGCAAGAAGAGCACCAAGAGUCCCCCGGUCCUGAGCCAUGAAUUCAUCCUGCAGAAUCACGCGGACAUCGUCUCCUGUGUGGCGAUGGUCUUCCUGCUGGGGCUCAUGUUCGAGAUAACAGCAAAAGCAUCUAUCAUUUUUGUUACUCUUCAGUACAAUGUUACCCUCCCCGCAACAGAAGAACAAGCUACUGAAUCAGCAUCCCUUUAUUACUAUGGUAUCAAAGAUUUGGCUACAGUUUUCUUCUACAUGCUAGUGGCGAUAAUUAUUCAUGCCAUAAUUCAAGAGUAUGUGUUGGAUAAAAUUAACAGGCGAAUGCACUUCUCCAAAACGAAACACAGCAAGUUUAAUGAAUCUGGUCAGCUUAGUGCAUUCUACUUUUUUGCUUGUGUUUGGGGCACAUUCAUUCUAGUCUCUGAAAACUACAUCUCAGAUCCAACGAUCUUGUGGAGGGCUUAUCCCCACAACCUUAUGACAUUUCAAAUGAAGUUUUUCUACAUAUCACAGUUGGCUUACUGGUUUCAUGCUUUCCCUGAACUCUACUUCCAGAAAACCAAAAAAGAAGAUAUUCCUCGUCAACUUGUCUACAUUGGUCUUUACCUCUUUCACAUUGCUGGAGCUUAUCUUUUGAACUUGAAUCAUCUGGGACUCGUUCUUCUGGUGCUACAUUAUUUUGUUGAAUUUCUUUUCCACAUUUCCCGAUUGUUUUAUUUUAGUGAUGAAAAGUAUCAGAAAGGAUUUUCUCUGUGGGCAGUUCUUUUUGUUUUGGGAAGACUUCUGACUUUAAUUCUUUCAGUACUCACUGUUGGUUUUGGCCUUGCAAGAGCAGAGAAUCAGAAACUGGAUUUCAGUACAGGAAACUUCAACGUGUUGGCUGUUAGAAUCGCUGUUCUGGCAUCCAUUUGCAUUACCCAAGCAUUCAUGAUGUGGAAGUUCAUUAAUUUUCAGCUUCGGAGGUGGAGGGAACACUCUACUUUUCAGGCACCACCUGUAAGAAAGAAACCAACAGUGACUAAAGGCAGAUCUUCUAGAAAAGGAACAGAAAAUGGUGUAAAUGGAACAGUAACAUCAAAUGGAGCAGACUCUCCCCGUAAUAGAAAAGAGAAAUCUUCAUAAUGAAUUAUAAACUAAUUGAUCAAUGUCCCCAAAGAAAUCUGCUUUUUACUAUAUCUUUCAGCACUAGAAAUUUUUCUGUUCUUGAAAAUACAGUUUGUGCUUUGAUUCUUGCUAUUGUACUGUUUCAUGCAUUUUUUUAAAAAGGGCAUUUGAGGGGAGGAUGAUUACUGAAUGAAAAUAUUUUAAAAAUAUUUUAGCUUAGACUAAGCUACCUGCCUUCAAAAUAGUUUAGGGACCACCAUUUGUUUUAUUUUGGUGUUUUUUUGUUUUUUGUUUUUUUUUAAUCUUUGAACAUUUUUCUAAUAAUUUGGGGAGAAAAAUAUUUACAAAAAUCCUACAUAUCAGUGAAACAAUUUCUUGCUGUCACCAAUUUUUUAUAAUAAUAGCAAGGUGACCUAUUCCAACAAGGUYGUAUUUUUUUAAGUUAUCUUUCAGGGUAAAUGAAAUACUAUAAAGUCAGAUGUCAAACUUUUAAUAUGUUUUCAGUGUUCUCUAAUUUUUAGGAAUUUUUGUAGCCUUUACACCUGGAAAAAACAAUUUGUAAAAUCACCAAAAUAAUUGUGUGCUUUAUUUUAUAAGUAGUGGCUAUUAGUGUUACAUCCCCAUUUAAAAAAAAAAUACAUACUAAUGGUUACAACAUGUGGAGAUUUAUUGCCAUAUAGGAUCAAAAUAUUAACAUAAAAGUACUUGUGAGGUAAAAUUUUUCUUGUGCAUUUUCAACGCAAAAAAUAUUUACUAUGAAGAAGAAAAUCCAGCUUAUAUAGCCCUUUUGAUAUGUUUAUUAAUAAUGAUUCUUAAUGGGGCUUGUCAUAAGUUUCAUAUGCACAGCAUCUUAGAAAAAUACUGUUUAACCUGCAAACCCUUUUAAAAAAUAAUGCCUACUUGAUUUAUAUCUAUAAAAAGAUGUCAGGUAAUUAUAUUUGGAAAACUAAUGCACUAACUAUAAAGAAAUUGAAAAUUCAGGUGGAUAAAUAGUUUUACAAAAGACAGUGCUUUAUGUUAUAACUAUAGCUUUGGUCCCAUCUUUAAUUGAGAAACAUUUAUCUGUAUAAAACAUAUUUUUGGAUAAAUAUAUAUAUAUAUAUAUUUGUAUCUCUACAGAAAGGCUCUAAAAAGCAUUUGAGUAAAAUAUUUGGUUCCCUUUUCUAUAAUUAUCCUUUAAAAUCCUUAUAGAUAUAUCUGAUUGUUUGUUUGUCUUUACAUAUAGUGCCCUUUUUGGUGUCUUCAUCUUGUCCCCACUUCUCACUUCUGUCACCAGCUAAUAAAUGUUUGUGCCAUUUUGGUGUAAAAGUUGCAGACUUCUCAGGUCUGUGGUUUAAGUUGCCAUGCUGCUAGAAAGUUGUGCUUUCUCUUUCCAGCUGUUUACCUAAUUCCUGGAAAAAAGUAGUAGCUCUCUGUAGCAUUAUGGAGUUUCAGCAGAACCAAAUUUUUGCCAUUAAAGACUGGCAUUAUAUUGAACUAUCCAUUGAGAAAUCAAUCAAAAUAAAAAUUUUUACUUUCACAAGCUGC